UGACGCCGCGAGCGGAGCCGAGCGGCCUCCGGUGACAUUUUCUCUCAGCGGCGCUCAGGGCGGGGAGCGGAGCGGGGCAGGCGGCGGCGGCGACCCGGCCUCGGCCCCCCAUGUCCGAGCUGCUCCCCCGCGAGGGGGAGGCGAGGAGGAGCCGCGGUGGCGGCGGCGGUUGCCCUGGUUGCUUUGCUGUUGAAAACCUAAUCUAGUUCCCUCAGUCCUCUAGACUCCAUGCUGUGAGACAAGGAGGAGCUUGGAACUCUGAAAUGAAGAUGGAGGCGGUGGGAAAAGUAGAAGAACUCAUUGACUCAGAAGUCUCACCAAAACUCUCUGAAAAACAAGAGGCAGCUCCUGGUGAAGAUGGACCUAUAGAACUAGACACAUGUGCUCAGAAAGAUGGUGUGCCCAUUGUAGCAGAUUCUGUGGUGCUCUCCUCAAUGCCAUGCUUACUGAUGGAACUGAGACGGGACUCCUUGGAGUCUCAGUUAGCCUCUACAGAGAGUGAUAAGCCAACAGCAGGCCAAAUUUAUGAGAGUGACUCUUCUAAUCACUGCAUGCUUUCCCCUUCUUCCAGUGGGCAUUUGGCUGAUUCAGAUACGCUGUCUUCCGCAGAAGAGAAUGAGCCCUGUCAGGCUGAAGCUCCUGUAGAGGGAGACCCUUCUGGAGUUUCUGGGGCUGCAGUUGGGAGAAAAUCGAGACGAUCCAGGUCUGAAAGUGAAACAUCAACUAUGGCUGCCAAGAAAAAUCGACAGUCUAGUGAUAAGCAGAAUGGACGAGUCACCAAGGUAAAAGGUCAUCGGAGCCAAAAGCACAAAGAAAGAAUCCGGUUAUUAAGACAGAAACGGGAGGCAGCUGCUCGCAAGAAAUACAACCUGCUGCAGGACAGCAGUACCAGUGAUAGUGACCUGACCUGUGACUCAAGCACGAGUUCAUCAGAAGAUGAUGAAGAGGUUUCAGGGAGCAGCAAGACAAUCACUGCAGAGAUACCAGAUGGACCUCCAGUUGUAGCUCAUUAUGAUAUAUCGGACACAAACUCUGACUCUGAAGUGGUAAAUGUGGACAAUCUAUUGGCGGCUGCAGUAGUUCAAGAGCACAAUAAUUCUGUAGGAAACCAGGACACAGGAGCUACCUGGAGGACCAGAGGUCUGCUAGAGGAACUGAAUGCUGAUACAGGUCAUCUGGAUCCAGGUUUCCUAGCAAGUGAGAGAACCUCUUCUGGCAAUGCACAGAUCAAUGAAGAAAUUAAUAUUGCCUCUUCUGACAGUGAAGUAGAGAUCGUGGGAGUUCAAGAACAUGCAAGGUGUGCCCAUCCUAGGGGAGGUGUGAUUCAGAGUGUCUCUUCCUGGAAGCAUGGCUCAGGCUCGCAGUACAUUAGCACUCGGCAAACACAGUCAUGGACAGCAGUGGCCCCCCAGCAGAAUUGGUCUUCACCCCCAGAAGUAGUUGAUCUCACUUUGGACGAGGAUACCAGACGCAAAUAUCUACUGUAAUGCAAUGUCACUGUGGUUUUGCCCCCCAUCCCUUCCCCUCUUUAUGGCACGGAAGUUCAUUGUUUUAGCUUCAGCUUCAGAAGCCCUGUUCUUAGCAUUAUGGACUUCAAACUCCUGGAGAAUUUCCUUUUCCAUCAGAAUGCAGUGUCCUUUUAAUAUUGCUUCAAAUAUUUUACCUUCUCAAAGGAGGAUUUUUCCUAGUAUGAAAACGUGAUAGCACUGAAUUUAAAUGACACCUACAGUUAUGCAUUGUGUGUGUUUAAUCUAAAGAAAUAAUUGUGCAGAUGGAUACACGCUCCCAUCCUCUCCCCCCACUGAUAUCAAAAUGGUUUUAAUUUACCAGUCAAUUGAUUUUUGUCUGUAGAAGCUAGUGUUUUUGCUGUGUGAGCAUCGGAGACAGUGAUCUGAUCUUGAGAGGUGCUGAGUCCCCUCCAUUGAUUUCAGUGGAACUACAAGUGCUCAGCCCUUCUGAAAAUUGGACCAACAGUAUUAACCCAAUUUGAUUUGGUUUCUUCACCAGCAGGACUGUCGUUUUAUAGAAAGGCCCAUAACAUGUGCACUGGACAAGUUUUUAAUUAAAGGUUUGUUGUUUUCUAUGUAAUUUAUAGUUUACAUUCGGUUCAGUGCUGUGUCUUCUGUCUUCUUGGCUAUGGUGUUUUACUGGUCAUUUGCCACAGCGUGUUAAUUUUUUUUUUUCCAAAUAACAAUGACUUAAUAGCAGCUGAUCAGCACAAAAGCAUAAGAAAAUAGUAAUAAAAAGACCCAGCCUCCCUGCCCAUUUUAAAGGGAUCUGAAUCCCUUGCAUUAUAGGAUCCUGCUUUUUUUUAACCAUGCCUCUCAAUCUUCAAUGGGGCUACUCACAUGCUUAAAACUGUGAAUGUGCUUAAGUACUUUGCAGGAUCAGGGCCUACGCUUAUCCUUUGGUUUUAAGUAGUUCUGCCCCAUUUGCCUGUUCUUAGGUCAUGUUUUCUAUCCUUGUGUUUGAACCUCUCUUAGGGUCUGAUCCUGCAAACACUUACCUACCAAACUGGGUGUUUACUAAAGUGAAAUCAAUUGGACAAGACACUCUAGUAAGCAUUAGUCCCUAUAGUAAGUAUUGAAGUAGCCCUUAAUCACUCACACUGGCUCCUGUUCAAGGUAAAAACCAAAGACUAAACUUCAAAACAAGAGGAUGUUCACUUUAAAUAUCUACUGUGCAAUUGAAAUGUGUCCUUUUGUAUUCAAAAUGCUUUUAAUGGAAUUUUUCUACAGUUCCAACACAGAAUUUUUACCAGCUAGGGUUACACAGCAAAUAGAAAGGACACCAUGAGUCCUGAUCUGGUUGAUUUGGUGUCAAUUUUCAAGAGUGCAGGGUGGCUUCCAAAAAUUUGCUGUAUGGACAAUAAUUUUGCCUUUGGUAGCACAGAUUUGUUUAAAAAAAUUGAUUCUAGUAUUGUUAAUAGUAAACAGUUUGCUUUGCUUCAAAAAGUGGAAAGGUUGUGACUGCACUUUAAAGAUCAAAUAGGUAAAGGAUUUAUGUUCUGUUUUAAAAGAUUCUAAAACAUUAAACGGUGAUCAGCGUGUUGCAUGACCAUAACCUCUAAAAUGUAUUUGGUGCUUCUAGUAAUUGGUCUCUUUGUUUGGGGGUGGGAGGGAGUGUAGUGAAUGGAAUCCAUACUCAUUGCAAUAGAGAACUGUCCUGUAACAUUGGUACACUAUAUUAAUAGUGACUAUUGAUCUUUUUUUCCUAAUUGGUUAAUUGCAUAACUCAUCCAUCAUUUUAGCAGAUUAGCACCAUGCUGUAGGUUAACUGGGAAAGAUGAUUUAGUGUGGCUGCCUUUUACUGUUUCAUGAAGUUGUCUUUAAAAGAUCAGUUUCUAAGAAAGCUACAGGGACCCAUUUGUAGUCCUUCCAUUUAAAAAAUUGCAAACAGACUUUCUGUUUCUCAGUUUGUAUAUGAUGUGACUUCCAUGUAUAUAUAAAAAUGACUGCAUCCUAACCAAACUUCCUUCAAUUGUGCACUGUGUUUGUUUUAAACAAAUCAUGUAUUUUAGUCUGAUGCUGGUUUUCUUUUCUUUUAUUUAAAACACUACAUAUUUCUUUUAUUCUUGUAACAAAUUUUAAAGGGUAGUGAUCUAAAAACCACAAUCACUGGAUAGCUAGGAAGUAUUUCUUCUUUUGUUUUGGGGGAUUUUUUUUAAGAGAGCAAAAGGCGCCUGGACAAUUUUGCUCUUCUCGACAGGAAAGUGAAAUGUUAGCCAUUGUAUGGCUAAGAACCAAUGCACUUGGGGCCUGAUCCCAAAGCCCACUGAAGGCAAUCGGAGGCUUUCCAUUGACUUCAGUGGGCACCGUCUUAAGCCCUUUAUGGUUCAGCAGUUCUAGUGUUUGAACUUGGAAUCUUCUGCAGUGGAGACAAAUCAUUGCUUAGAAUUUAAUGUUUAAAAUGUGCAACUCUAGUAAAAAUUUGGUUCUUCUCGACACUCAUUAUUUAGUUCUAAUUUUCCAUCUAGUAUUUAAUGGUCUUUGGAGGAAAAAAAUAAUAAUAAAAGAGUGUUAUAUAUCUAUAUCUAUAUAUAUAUAUA